UUGAACUGUGUCAAAUAUAACGGUAAUAUUUCUCCUUUAGGAUUUUCGAAUGACAUUUUCAGUGGCUGCACUUUACUUAAACAAAUAACUGUUCCUUCUGUGUUUCUCGGCACAGAUAUUGCCGGAAUUCCUGUUAAAAAAGAAAGUUUAGAACCAACACCAGAACCAGCUCCAACAGAAACAUCUUCUUCAGCAGUAAUUCCUUCACAAACUCCAGAACCAACAAUUGUUUCUUCCGAUUCAUCUGAGCUAGUAACAAACAGUUCCUCAUCUCAUGUGACUAAAAUAGAAACUCCAGAACCAACUGUUCAAAAACCUUCUUCAGAACUAAGUUCUUCCACAAUAGAACCUACUCCAACUCCAGAACCAAGUUCUUCUACACCAGAAUCAAGUUCUUCUACAAUUGAACCAAAGACAGAAACACUAACUCCAGAACCAAAGACUCCAACACCAACUCCAGAACCAAAGACUCCAACACCAGAACCAGAACCAAAGACAGAAACACCAACACUAGAACCAACUCCUGCAGCAAGAACGCCUUCAGCAACUCUACCAACAAAAUCGAAAGAGCCAACACUUCCUCCAAGAACACCAAGUCCAUGCAAAUCACCUCCUGUAAGAACUCCAGCUCAAACAGAAGAAAACAAAGAGAAUUCAGGAAGAAUUUCAAACCAAAAUAGGGAUUCAACCGGAGAAAUCAUAACUUUCAUAACAUUUUCAAUUGUCUGCAUUGUCGUGGCAUGUCUUGCAUGCUCAAUCAAAACAAAACCAACUGAAACAAUGAGUGAUGAAGAAUCUCUGAAACUCAAUGGUUUAGAUUAUUAA